GUGCCCCGCGCGCGCCAACAUGGCGCCGCCGCGGCUGCUGCUGGUGCCGCCGCUGCUGCUGGCGCUGCUGGUGCCGUCGCUGCGGGCGGCUGCGGGCGGCGCCGGGACCUGCCGGGGGGGCCUCGGGCUCCGGGCCGCCGAGGGCCGCGACGCCGAGGCCUGCGGGCUCACGCUGACGCUGGAGCACUCCUUCGAGCUGGACGACAGCAUCCGCUUCCGCAAGCGGGGGACGCUGGCCUGGAGCCCCGCGGCCGAGCCCGGCCUCUCGCUGACGCAGAAGCAGCUGAGCGAGGAGGAGCGCAACAAGCUCCGGGACGUGGCGGCCCGGGACGGGCUCUACCGGGUGCGCGUUCCCCGCAAGGCGCCGGGCCCCGGCGAUGAGAGCGACGCCGAGUACGUCACCUCCUUCGUCCGGGCGUGCGCCAUGGUGGAGUCGCACCUCUCGGACCAGCUGACGGUGCACGUGGACGUGGCCGGCAACGUGGUGGCCGUGGCCGUGGUGGCCGUGCCGGGCGCCUGCCGCGGCGCCGAGGUGGAGGACGUCGACCUGGAGCUCUUCAACACCUCCGUGGCCCUGCGCCAGCCCGUGCCCGCCGCCGUCCCCGAGACGGCCGCCUUCAUCGAGCGCCUGGAGCAGGAGCAGGCGCAGCGCGCCAAGAACCCCCAGGAGCAGAAGUCCUUCUUCGCCAAAUACUGGAUGUACAUCAUCCCCAUCGUCCUCUUCCUCAUGAUGUCCGGAGCGCCCGACGCCGGGGGGCAGGGGGGGGGCAGCGGGGCCGGGGGGGGCGCGGGGGGCAGGUGAGGGCCGGCUCCUGCCCUG